AUGGAUGCCGUCGAGGCCGUGGCCGACGUCUUGGCCAUUCUGAAUGAACUCGAACCUCAGCCUGCAGCAGCGGGCAGCGACGGUGCCGAUGCUUGGUGGUCUUCCCUUCUCGAUGAUCUUGGUGACAUCGAGCCACCAGCACCAGAGGUCGUCAUCCCCAUCGAGCAGCCGUCGACAUCCGCGGGAAAAGAUCUGCCCAAGGCAACUGCCGAGAACAAAUCUGAAGCUCAUUCAGAACCCGUUCAAACCACGGCCAUGCCAGCGCGCCUGCAGCAAUCCGUGCGCCGACGAAAAGAGCCUUCCAGCCGAGCCAGCCGCUUCCAAAAUUCGCUCCGCAGCAGCAUGCGCCGCCAGGCAAAGCGCGUACUGCCCGCCGUGCCUGGAUCACAGGCAAAAGAACCCGCCACUCCCAAUGCACCAGAGACCAACAACGAUGUGACAGAUGCCAUUGCCCAAGUACUGGCCGUGCUGGAUGACGAGCCUGCCUUGCCGACUGCCAGCUCAAGCACUCGUCCAGCCGUCAACCUCGUGGUAGAGGAGGAUGAGGAGGAUGAUCAAACUCAAGAAAAAGGCAAGGAGAAGACGGAAAGCUUUACUCGCGCCGUCCGGCAAACCCUGCGUCGUCGUGCCACUCUGAGCCAAGCAUCAGGGGGUGUCACCAACAAGGCACGACCGCAAGCACCAGACGGCUCUGACCCCAUUACUCCCCGCAACCAGGCCGAACUUGAAGAUGCGCGUCCCGCCAUGCAGCGUCGUCAUCACGUAUCCCUCAAAGCCAAACCAUCCUCCGUCACGACCACGGCCAGCACCACACCAGCAUCCGCCACGCCGGAACAUGACAUAAGCGCUCAGGCCCCAGCCCCGGGCCCGGUCUCUGGCGGCUCACUGGCAGACCUUGAUGUGGCCAUGGCCACCUUAUUGCAAACACAAACAUCCAACGGCACCAGCAGCUCAGACGUGCCCAUGACCACCCAUGCUGCACCGCGACCCGUGUCCGGAGUACCAAACCUUGGACGUCAGCACGCUGCCCUCGCCAACCGUCUGUCUGUCAUGCCUCGGGCCUCGGCACGACAACGUAGUUUGCGCCAUUCCGUGCGACAAGGACGCCUCAGCCAGCGCUCAGCAGCUGCGAGUGCUGCUUGGGUGCGUGAUCAGAUUCAACAUGUCGUUCACGCAAUCAUGGCCCAUGGCGUUGCGACGGAAUACAACACAUCCGCUGUCACCUUUGGCGUGCUCUACGAAAAGCUGUGCGACACCGUUCAGGCCACCGACGUCAAUGCUGUGCUAGAGGUUGCCCGCGACUACGCCAUCGUGGCAUACUCGGGGGCCCACUUGGACCCCAUUCGCAUGGCCAGCACCGAGAUUCAUUUGCUCACGGCUGACCUGAGCCGUGUCAAUGAGGAUGCAGAUAUGGCCGCCAGCAUGCGUCGGCUAGGCGACUCUGUGCGUCGUGGUGCCCUCAGUCGCGACGCGGCGCUCAAAGCAGCACAAUGGAUUGAUGGCGAGCAUGGUUUGCGAAACAAACAAGGCCUGUUUGACAUUACGUUUGGCGUCUUGUUUGAAAAGACGGCCGACGAGCUGGAAGCCCAAGAGGUGGGUGCGGUUCUUCUGACGGCACGCAACCAAGGCUUGGUGGCCUACGCUGGCGAGGAUAGCCUUUCUCCCUAUACCGACGGCAUGGUCACGGUCACGUUGCUGCGCGAGAGCCUGCAUGCCUCCAAUGAGAAUACCUACACGUUUGAGGACCUGCGCCAGCUGUCCGUGCGCCGACGCUGA